AUGGAAGCUCUUCGAGAUCCCAAAACCUGGAUGCUUAUCGUCUAUUCCCUCAAGUCAAACAUUCCAAAUGGUGGAUAUACAUCUCCGAAUAUUCCAUCAUAUGUCUCUAACUAUUCUUCGACAAAGUUUACUUCCAUUGUACUUCAAUCACUAGGCUUCAGCACUUUAAAAACAUACCUGAUAGCUAUGCCUUUGAGCGCUUUCAUCUUGAUAGUCGUACUUUCAACCUCUUUUGCCGCUUCCAAACUCAAGAACUCCCGAUGCUAUCUAAUGGCCUUCACAACCAUCAUCGCCAUUAUUGGUUCAGCUCUGGUUUAUUCAACUACUAAGACUGCCCCCCGAUAUGCUGGGUUAUGUUUAAUGGGCACCUUCUCUGCAGGGAUACCCCUUCAAUUGGCAUUGGUUAGUUCAAACACGGGAGGUUUCACGAAACGUGCCACAGUCAGUGCUCUGCUAUUCGUCUCCUAUUGUGUUGGAAAUAUUAUUGGGCCUCAGAUUUUCUUCAGCUGGCAGGCCGGAAAUUUUAAAGCGGGUUCCUUGAAACGCGACACGGAAGCAUUGGAACUAUCUCAUACCCAAGCGGAGAUUGAGACCGAGUUUCCGGACUUCACUGAUUGGGAGAACAGGCAUUUUCGAUACAAAUAUUAA